CUUAAUAAGAUUGGGAUCUCUUUUGAAUGGAAUUCUUAUGGAGAUUUCCUUGUUAUUGGGUGGGAAAUCUUUUGAAAUGUAUUGUCUUAGAAAAACAAAUUUAAGCAAGUUCCUUUGGUCUAUGGCCUUCUCAUGCACUAAACCUUUGACCAUAACUUUCUAUAGAUACGUAAGUCAUAUCUUAUUUUAAGCAACAAUUUUCUUGGACAUCUUUAGCAAUUAAUAGUACUAAUUAUAUCUUAUAAAAAAAAUAGUACUAAUUAUAUUAAUAAUAAUUACUAAGCAGCUACACAUUUAGAAUGGGCGGCAACGGUGGUGGCAAAGGAGGAGGAAGUGGUGGCAAAGGAGGUAACAAAGGAGGCUGUGGCACUUGCGGUGGUGCAGCCAAAAGUGGUGGGGUUGGCUCUGUGGGCAGUGGCAGUGGUGGCAGGAUGGUUGCUCCAGGGAGUGGAGGAGGAUCACACAUUUCAAGGGACUCUUUUCAAAGACAUCCUAGGCUUAGUUUCUCCAAGAUUUUAAGCUACACAUUUAGAAUGGGCGGCAACGGUGGUGGCAAAGGAGGAGGAAGUGGUGGCAAAGGAGGUAACAAAGGAGGCUGUGGCACUUGCGGUGGUGCAGCCAAAAGUGGUGGGGUUGGCUCUGUGGGCAGUGGCAGUGGUGGCAGGAUGGUUGCUCCAGGGAGUGGAGGAGGAUCACACAUUUCAAGGGACUCUUUUCAAAGUCAUCCCUAGAUUUAUUUUGAUGGACUACAUGUUUGUCAAAAGGGAAAAAAAUAAUGAUGUUCCUGUUAGGA